AUGGCCGCCAUGCAGACUCUCCUCCGCCGGACCCUCGGCUUCAGAAACAGCCCGCAAUUGCUAUCAACCCAGUUGAGCAGCCCUCUCCGGACUUUCACCACCACCCGAUCUGCCCAGCGAGACACUCGACCUGUGCCCAAAUUCCCCCCAACGUCCAACGAAAAGCUCGACGAACUUCUCCGAGACCUCCGCGAGAACUACUUCAUCCCUCCCCACCUCCCCCAGGAAUACUACCGCCUCGUCACCCGCCCCCAAAACCAUGCCCGCCUCCUCUCGGACCCGGUCAACAUCGUCCUCGACGGCGAGCCCUACACUCUAACCCCCAAGCCCAACAACCUCGGCGCCCCUGUCAGCAAGUUCAAGCAGGCCCUCGGCCUCAUGUCCGAGAAGUCUGACUAUGCUAUCAUCCCCGAGCUCAUCCGCGGCUACUAUCAGGCCAAUGGCGCCCUCAGCAGCACCUUCCUCCACCGCAUGGUCCGCCACCUCAUCCGCGUCGGCCGCGUCGACAUCCUCAUGGACAUUGCGCGCUCCGCGGACGAGAUCGACUUCCGCUUCCAGCGCAGGCUGGCUCGCGACUUCAUGAUGGCGCUCAGGGAGCGCCACAUGAAGUCGGAGAUUGCGGGUAUCAUGAAGGGCCUCAGGGAUGGCGCGGUGCUCCUGGAUAUUGUGGGUAAGAGGGAGCUGACGCUGGAGCCGGAGUCGGCGACGAGGUAUUGCGACGACCCGAUUGUCCUGGGAGGCCUCCUGUGGAUGCGCUCGGAUGCGGCGCUGCAGUUUAAGAAUGAGGAGUGGUUGAAGGACGUUACGAGUGAGGUUGCGCUGAAGUUGAAGGCCGCGUGGGGGCAGGUGGAUUUUGAGCCCAGGAUGGUGGAGUAUGAGGAUAGGCAGUCGAUGACGCAGGUGAAGAAUUCAUAUUAUAACACCUUGCAGCUGAUUAAGGGCUACAAUGUGGUGCUGGAGGCGCUGCUGCAGGCGAAGAGUGUGCUGGCUGGGUCGGAGCUGUCGCCGUGGUUGGAGGCGGAGAGUGAGAGGCUGGCGGUGCUGGUCACGAACAUGGGCGCGUAUCUGAAGAGGCAUAAGCCAAUGGUGUUCCCAAAGCCGGAGGGGAAGAAGGAGGGUGCGGAGAAAGAGAAGGAAGGCGAAGAGGCUUUGUAG